AUGCUGACCGCGUGGAGCUUUGCCUGUCAAUUCGUAGGCAGCGCCACCAGCAUUGCUAUGCUGAAAAAAGCAUACACGUGUGCAUCUGAAUGCUGUGAUAAGCAAUUUCCUGCGUCAAUUGAUUACUUAGAUUGUCUUGAGAAGUGUCAUUUGACAUCCAGUGAGGCAGUUUAUUACAUUACAUCUACUUUUAAUGACAUCAAGAGACGAUACAACACAUGUAUCGGAAAGUGUGACAGUGGUGAAGGCUUCAAUGUGAAUGAUAGAGAUGACGAGGGUGAUGACGGAGAGAUAACUGCUGAAGAACUAAAAGAGUUUUGGUGGCCCGAUUAUAGUGAUUCUGAGCAUCUGAUGAACAGCUGGUUUGAACAAAUGGAUGAUGUAGACUUAGAAUAUCAGGAUGACGAGAACCCAAAGAAAAAAGCGGAUUUAAAAGAUCGUAAUACAUGCACUCGCCUAUGCAUAGAAUCAUAUAUUCAUACAUUGAAUUCAACGAUGGACACAAUGCGAAGAGAUCUAGCUGCCAAAGCAAUAGCUAAGUCAGAUCAAGCAAGUUACUAUUACGACUGGAGCAGAGCAAAUGAGGAAGAACUUCCUUAUUAAAGACUUAAGUUCAUACGCUAAAGAGAUUAAUAAAUCAAUAAAUUCAUAUUUUUAACUAUUGGUAACAGUUACAGUGAAACCCUCCUUAAACACACACUCCAUUUAACCUUAACCCAGGUUGAUUGAACUUUUAAAACCAUAGUAAAAACUAAAAAUCAUUUGGAAAAUUUGCAAGGAAACAGGAGUCAUCCGCUCUGUUGCCCAAUAUGUAACUGCUGUGUAGAUAACGUUUAGGAAACAAUUGUUGAUUACUUUAAGGAAUAAAUUUCGGGUAUAAAGUUGUACAAUUUAAAAUGACAGUUUUUUUACAUAACAUAAAAACCCUGUUGUAGAUCUCUAUGCACCAAAAAAGCCUUUAAAUUCCAAAUGAAAAUAUAGGUUAUCCAAAACGGACUCGCCCCCUUUAUUUUGUUUUGUUUAAUCAGGGGUUUUCUGUACCAAUCAAAUUGAUUUAAAUUUGUAUGUUUAAGUUUUGUCUGUAUUACUGUUUGCUGGCAUCCUAACAUUUUUAAUACUGAAUAAAACGGUGUAGCCCUAAAAUGUUGUAACUCGCAGAACAAUUAUUGGGUUAUAAGAAAUGGUAAAUAAGUACACAGGUAUGUCUCCAUCCACGUGAACAUUACAAAAUUUGUCUUUUAUCACUAAAAUGUGUGUGUUUCGGUGAGUUGGUGUAAAUAGAAACCUCUUGACAACU